UAGGUAUACCUAAUUUCAGUCACGAGGUUGGGCGUUGGGCGUUGGGCUUGGGUGUUGGGCGUUCAACUUUGAGCUCCCCUAUUCGAAAGACGGCACGACCGUGAGGCGUGGACCCCAUAUCAAGACUCAACUCACGCUGAACUAUAUUUGUAGCAUCCCAAAUUACAACACCUUGCUUUUCAGACAUGCCACCUAUUCCGACAGCGCUGGAUGCUGAAGCUAUUUCUCUAAUCGACUCCAUCGAACGGCACCAUAAUGACCUUUCAACUUUUCAGAUUCCUCGUCUAAGAGCGUGCACCGGUCCUUUGACCACGCAACAAGCAUGGGCGGUGGAGGUAAGGGAGGACAUUGAAGGCCUGGCAAGGCAGAUUGAGGAGCUGGAUGUCCUGGUUGAUGACCAGAGGACUGAACGGGCAAGAGGAGAGCUGAGGAGAAGAACUGAGGUUUUCCGCGAUUCAUUAGUCAAUCUACGAAAAGACUCUCGAGCAGCAUUACUAGCGUCGAAACAUGCAAUUGACGCGCAAAGUCGGUCACAGCGAGAAGAGCUAUUGCGGUCCCCUGCCGUUCUCGAGAAAAGCACAAGCUCAUCGAGCGAGAAAGUCACUGAAGACGCACUUAUGAAAGCCAAUCAUGAUGUCACAGAAGCUCUGCAACGAACAAUCGGACUCAUGCAGAAAGAACUCGAGCGCAGUGUCUUGUCAAGCCAGUUACUAGAAUCAUCCACUGCAACUCUCCAAUCUGCAUCCACGAUGCACGACGCGCUCGAUCUCAUCCUCGGCACCUCCAAACAACUUAUUACCGCACUCGAAAAGACAGACUGGCUCGACCGCAUCCUUAUAAUUUCCGGCCUCGUGUUCUUCGGCCUCGUGGUCCUCUUCAUACUAAAACAGCGCAUAGUCGAUCGCGGGCUACGCAUCGCAUUUUUCUGGACGAGGAUAUUGCCCAGCUCCGGCUUGAGUACGCGUGCGGUAGUGCAGAAAGCUGGGGAGGUCGUGACGACUGCGUCGGCUAGCACUGCUGCUGCGUCAGCUGUGCUGGCGUCGUUGAUAGGUGGUCAGGAUGGCGGAGCUGGUCAGCUGGUAGAACCCAGUAUGCACGAGUCUGAAUCCCCUGGUUUCACAAUAGCAGCUAUGGAGCCACGGACUACUGGACAGCAUACCGACUCAGGAGACCUACAUGUUGAACUAUGAUAAUCUUGGACUGAUUCACAGUGAAUACACGGACUCAAGUACUGAAUUGCAGACCGACUAUUCACAUGGUUGUAGGUAUAUAACAGGAUUAUGUACUGGGACAAGGAUAGAUGGAACUGACAAUGGUUGAUGUGAUUGAAUGGGUAAAACGAAUA